AUGCUCAUAUCCACAGCACCCAUCCUAUACCUGCACCCCGAGGAAACGCAUUUCCCAACCGACCUCGCAACGUUCCUGACCCACACAACACCAAGGACCAACUACACUGCCGUCCCCGACGCCCCCAAACCUCUUACGCUCGCGAACCUCGACCAGCUCGGCGCAGAUGUCUAUCUGACUUCCAAGGAUGACGUGACUACCGAUCCGGAAUGGCUCAAGGGCACGACUCCAGAUACCAACGGCUUCACAUCCGGCACCAACUCUGCAAUAGUCAUCAACAACAAAAGCGACUCCUCAGUUGACGUCUUCUACUUCUACUUCUACGCCUUCAACCCAGGGACGUCAGUGCUAUCCCUUCCGUUCCUGAACUUCGGCACCCACGUGGGCGACUGGGAGCACGUGAUGCUGCGCUUCGCGUCCGCGACCUCAGCUCCCGACGCGCUGUGGUUGUCGCAGCACGGCAACGGACAGGCGUUUCGGUACGCUGCCGUUGAGAAGGCCGGCGGCGCCGUGAGGCCCGUCGUCUAUGUAGCCAGAGGGAGCCAUGCGCAUUAUGCAAUCGAGGGGGUUCAUGCGCACGAUAUUCCGAAUCUGAACCUGCCCGUUGGCGCGCUGCAGGACUAUACGGGGAGGGGGAAGAGGUGGGAUGCCGUGUCUAGUAGCUGGAUGUAUGGGUUUGAGGCUGAGAGUGGUGCUUUUACGGCGUAUGAUGGUGCGCCGGUGGGGUGGUUGAACUUUGGAGGUAGGUGGGGGGACGCGGAGUAUCCGGAUAGUGAUGGGAGGCAAGUGGAAUUGUUUGGGCAGAAGAAGUUUGUCGGUGGGCCGACGGGGCCGGUUGAUAAGCAGCUGGAGAGGAAGGAGGUGUGUCCGGAUAAUGGGAUAUUGUGUAUACUGAGAAGUGUGCUUGUGCCAAGGAACGACGGAUAUGAGGAGGUGGUGUAG